AUGACCUGUGCAGGUCCUCGCUCAGCGGUAAGUGCUGUUGCCGCCCGCCGAGCUCGACAGCAGCAGCAACAACAGCAAACGCAAACGCAUGCGCCGAGUAAUGUCGAGACUACUACAGAACCGCUACUUAAGAAAUCACGAAAUUCGAAUACUCAGAAAGUGAACAGGGAAAAUCCACCGAGGCAGGAACGAACGGAAUCGAAAACGUCACUCACAUCAGUCCCUUCGAGCGUCGAGGAUCCAGCGGCCAAUUCGAGCAAUGUCGAAGCCAGCGAGGUUCUCAACGAUGAAAUCAUAGAAGAUGGGCUUGAUAUAACCGUUGGCUCAACCAUCGGUGCCGAGACGAGCGGUCCAGAGAGGGAAGAAUUCGAAACCCCAUCGAGACUACCUACAGGGGCCGAAAACUUUACGCUCUCAAGACAUCGGUUGACGGAGAAGGAUGUGGUUUACAGUGACGAGCACAGCCUGUGUGUGCGCAUCAAGGAGAAGACGACUCUUGUCCUGAUAGGUAUUUACGAUAUAUGGGUCAAGAGAGGGGUGAUAAGCAUAAUGGGCGCUAAGCUACACCCUUCCCCUAAUACAUACCGAGUAUAUGCGCCAUCGACGCAUUCGCUUCCGGUUAUUAAAUGCGUCAGCGGUGUUGAAGGCUCUGCCGAGAUUGAAAUACAGUCAUGCUCAAGGAGCAUUUUCCGGCUGAAGGAAUUAUCGCCUUUGUAUCAUCGCAUCUGGAAUAGCAGUGAAACUGUCGGAGAUAGGACAACGCUGAAGGGGGCUUAUAAAAGAUCGUUCUCUAUACUCUAUACAUCAUCAGAUGAUCCUCUUAAUCGGCCUCUCCGACCCCUCCAUUUAGAUAAGAAAUGGAGUGCAACGAUUAAAUCACUUUCACAACGCGGCACUGGUUUGAAAGUGUUGGUCUGUGGUCCAAAGGGGGCUGGAAAGUCGACCUUUGGACGGUAUCUACUUAACCAUCUCCUCAGCCCAGCACCGCAAAACGAACAAGGUCCCAGCAAUCCAGAUGGUGUUGCGUAUCUAGACCUUGACCCGGGACAGCCAGAAUUCGCUCCAAUGGGGAAUAUAUAUCUCGCCCAUCUUCGCAAACCAUGCCUUGGACCUCCAUUCUCUCACCCGACACUGGAAAAUUCACGACAUGGCAGGAGUAUUCGAUGUCAUCACAUUGGAGCAACCUCUCCAAAAGAGGAUUCAGAUUACUACGCGCUAGCCGCUAUGAACCUCCUCGAUCAGUACCGCGCGCUGCUAGCUACAUUCCCGCAGUGUCCCCUGGUGGUCAAUUAUCCUGGCUGGGUUUUCGGUCUUGGCCUGGAAGUUGUCACCUGGCUGAUCCGCUCGAUGGGACUCUCGAACGUCAUAUAUAUGAGCGAAAAGGGUCCUAUCGAGGUAGAAGAGCCGCUGCGGUUUGCUGCGACAGAGGCUGGUAUUCCCUUGACCACGUUACCCUCCCAACCCAUUGAUUUUGUAUCACGAUCAAGCGCCCAGUUCCGCUCCAUGCAGAUGCAGUCGUACUUUCACCUGUCACAGUUGGGCGGACUGCAGAAUCCAGUAUGGUCCAGCGCUCCGCUUAUUCACCACAAAUCUAUUCAUGUCAAUUAUUCCGGUGAAGAUCAAGGAAUAAGCGGGAUCAUGGUGUUGGGAAACCGACACGACCCUGCAGUACUAAAAGAUAUAAUUAACGGGUCAAUUGUAUCCGUUGUCGCAGUCGAAGAUGCGAAUGCUAUUGAAGACACCACAAACCAAGUACAUCCAACAGACACUGCCGAAGAAGACGUGGACAUGGCAGAAAACUCCCUAGAAAUGUCGAACAGAGAAGAGGAAGGGGACGAAGCUAGCGACCAUAUCACCCCAAAUUCCCAAUCACUGAAAGCACGGCUCGAUGCCCACGUUACCCGCAGUCCCAACACUUCUCUCCCCUACCUAUUCUGCGGCGCAGGCAGCUGCACUCCCCUCAACCCCAAAUCAGCUCGAUCUCUUGGCCUAGCACUCGUCCGAGCCGUCAAACCCUCUACCCAACAGCUAGAACUCAUCACUCCAAUACCGAGUUCUCGUAUCCGAGAAUCAUUUGAACAGGGCCACGUCCUGGUGCUGGUACGCGGUAUGCUAGAUAGCCCCGACUGGGCAUUUAGCGAAGAAUACCACGCCGCCCGCAACGCCGAGCAGAAUCACGUUUCGUCCAUCUCUAUUGCCAAAAUGCGCGGGGAGGAGGGUAGCGAGGCGGAGGUGAAGGAGCAGCGUGAGGUAUUGCAACGACUACGCGGCCGGGUUAGGCGCGCGAGUAGAGUGCCUUGGAUGGAUGUUGUCGAGGAUGGUGGUGCACGACAGUCGCGAGAGAGGGGCCAGGAAGAUGGGAUCUGGAGGUUGCGGAAGAAGGCAUAUCUCGGUAGUGACAGUGAGCUUGAGUGA